UGUCCCAAACUUCAUUGCCGUCUCAGAUCUCUAAAACACUUCCAUUUUCAACUACCAAAAGAAAAUCAAAUUCCCACAUUUUUCUUUUAUCUUUGCUAAGUCCUUCAAAGUACAAAAUAUAUGACAACAAUUUUGCAAGCAAGCAUCGACUACUUGCUUGAUGUGCCUUCUACAGUUAGCCAGUCUAAUAAAAGGUGGCACUUAGCAUUUGCAACCAUUUAUUGCUCCAGAGCUAUACAAUCUGUUACCAAGGUUGCUAUAGCAAAGAAACAAACCACAACACUUUCCCAUUCUCCAUCUUAUUCUGUUGUUGAUAUUAAGCCAGAUUUCACCACCUUUAAGAUCAAUCAUGCAUGUCUCACUGAUCUCGUAAAAGAGAAAAGUCACCAACAGCUUCAAAAAUUAGGUGGUGUUGCUGGUGUAGCCUCUGCUGUUGAGACCAAUACUGAAGGUGGCAUCUUUGGUGGUGUUGAGGACAUUGCUCGUCGACAAGAAGCAUUUGGCUCCAACACCUAUAAGAAACCACCGACCAAGAGCUUUUUCUAUUUUGUUGUAGAAGCUUUCAAAGAUCUUACCAUUGCCAUUCUUUUAGGCUGUGCAGCACUUUCUCUUGGCUUUGGAAUUAAAGAGCAUGGUUUGAAAGAAGGAUGGUAUGACGGUGGCAGCAUCUUUGUUGCUGUCUUUCUAGUCAUAGCUGUCUCUGCUGUAAGCAAUUACAGGCAGAAUAGGCAAUUUGAUAAGUUGUCCAAAGUCAGCAACAAUAUUCAAAUUGAUGUUGUAAGAGGUGGUCGGCGGCUACAGCUUUCGAUAUUUGAACUUGUUGUUGGAGAUGUUGUUUGUCUCAAGAUUGGAGACCAAGUCCCUGCUGAUGGAUUGUUCAUAGAUGGGCACUCCUUGCAGAUAGAUGAAUCCAGCAUGACGGGAGAGAGUGAUCAUGUAGAAGUUAAUUCCCACCAAAAUCCAUUCUUGUUCUCCGGCACUAAGGUAGCUGACGGCUACGGACGAAUGCUUGUUACAUCUGUUGGGAUGAAUACAACAUGGGGAGAAAUGAUGAGCCAUAUCAGCCGCGACACCAAUGAACAAACACCUUUGCAGGCUAGGCUUAAUAAGCUCACCUCAUCAAUAGGCAAGGUGGGUCUGGCUGUUGCUUUCCUUGUUCUCGUAGUGUUGUUGGUUCGUUACUUCACAGGGAAUACACAAGAUGAGAAUGGAAAUCGGGAGUUCAAUGGCAGCAGUACAAAGGCGGAUGACAUAGUAAAUGCUGUUGUGGGAAUUGUAGCAGCUGCAGUCACAAUUGUUGUAGUUGCCAUUCCAGAGGGUUUGCCAUUGGCUGUUACACUGACUCUAGCUUAUUCUAUGAAGAGAAUGAUGGCUGAUCAAGCAAUGGUGCGAAAGCUCUCUGCCUGUGAGACUAUGGGCUCCGCUACCACAAUCUGUACCGAUAAAACAGGCACUCUUACAAUGAACCUGAUGAAGGUUACCAAAUUUUGGCUAGGCCAAGCAGAACAAAUCACUUCUUCUUCAAUUUCCCCAUAUGUACUUGACCUGAUCAGACAAGGAGUUGCCCUCAAUACAACCGGUAGUGCCUAUAGAGCACAUGCACAAUCAGAGUUUGAGUUCUCAGGUAGUCCCACAGAAAAAGCAAUUCUUUCUUGGGCCAUCCUGGAUUUGGAAAUGGAUAUGGAGGAGCAGAAGCAAAGUUGUACUAUUCUCCAAGUUGAAGCCUUCAAUUCACAGAAGAAAAGGAGUGGCGUUUCAAUAAGGAAGAAGCUUGAUAGCACAAUCCAUGUGCAGUGGAAAGGAGCUGCAGAGAUGAUACUUGCAAUGUGUACAAGUUACUACGAUGCUUGUGGAAUAGUGAAAGAACUGGAUGAUAAUGAAAGGACCGUAUUCAAGCAAAUUAUACAAGAAAUGGCUGCUGAGAGCCUUCGCUGCAUUGCUUUUGCACAUGCUCAGAUAUCAGAAGAACAAUAUGAAGCUGGAAUACAGGAUAAGAAGCUUAAAGAAAAUGGCUUGACCCUUUUAGGACUUGUAGGUAUCAAGGACCCAUGUCGACCGGGGGUGAAGAAAGCUGUAGAAGAUUGCCAACAUGCUGGAGUGAGCAUCAAAAUGAUCACAGGUGAUAAUGUCUUCACUGCAAGAGCUAUAGCCCUCGAGUGCGGGAUACUCAAGCCUGGUCAAGACAUGUUUAGUGGAGCUGUAGUAGAAGGAGAAGAAUUUCGCAAUUACACACACGAGGAAAGAAUGGAGAAAGUUGACCAAAUAUGUGUGAUGGCAAGGUCCUCUCCUUUCGACAAACUUCUCAUGGUGCAGUGCCUCAAACAAAAAGGUCAAGUGGUGGCAGUAACUGGUGAUGGCACAAAUGAUGCACCAGCACUGAAAGAAGCAGAUAUUGGACUGUCUAUGGGGAUCCAAGGCACUGAAGUUGCCAAAGAAAGCUCAGAUAUUGUGAUUUUGGAUGAUAAUUUCGCUUCUGUGGCCACAGUUUUAAGGUGGGGAAGAUGUGUCUACAACAACAUACAGAAAUUCAUUCAGUUUCAGCUAACCGUCAAUGUUGCUGCUCUAGUAAUCAAUUUCGUAGCAGCAGUCUCAGCCGGAGAAGUCCCAUUAACAGCAGUCCAGCUACUGUGGGUGAAUCUGAUCAUGGAUACACUCGGUGCUCUGGCUCUUGCUACAGAACAACCCACCAAAGAGCUCAUGGAUAAAAAACCUGUGGGCCGAACUGAGCCACUCAUCACCAACAUAAUGUGGAAGAACCUAUUAGCUCAAGCUUUCUAUCAGAUAGCUGUCCUCUUGACACUACAGUUCAAGGGCAAAUCCAUCUUUGGUGUGACUGAGGAGGUAAAGGACACCUUGAUCUUUAAUACUUUCGUUCUUUGCCAGGUGUUUAAUGAAUUCAAUGCAAGGAAGCUGGAGAAAAAGAAUGUCUUCAAGGGGAUACAUAAGAACAAGUUGUUCUUAGGGAUUAUUGGUGUAACCAUUGUCCUUCAGGUGCUCAUGGUGGAGUUUUUGAAGAAAUUUGCAGACACAGAAAGAUUGAACUGGGGUCAAUGGGGUGCAUGCAUUGGCAUGGCAACUCUUACAUGGCCAAUUGGCUGGUUGGUCAAGUUCAUACCUGUCCCAGAGAAGCCAAUUUUAAGCUAUCUCACCUGGAGGAAAUAGAAUUCAGAAACAUAAAUUCUUUCAUUCUUUUUUUCUUAGUGUAAAUCAAAGUACAGAUGCCUUUUUUAUCCAAGAAAUUCAGAUGAUUAUUAUUUAUUAGAUUUGUUUUUGUGAUCUCUUUUAUUUUAAUAUAUAUUGGAAUCCAGAUUCAUUUUGUAA